AUGAGCUCACCGGAGAUCGGCGUCGCGGGACUACGGCGCACGGUGGGCCAAGGAGAGGGCACGGGCAAGUGCGGCUCGGUCUCGCGAUCUCGCUGCGAGGGUUUACGGCUGCCGAGGCUGGCGAAGACGGCAGCGCACGCGGCGGAGCAGAGCAGCGAUGGCGGCGCUACAACGACGAGGGCGCGCGGGCACGCGGAAGCGAGGGAGAGGGCGGAAAGGGCACCAGCGGAUAGCUCACCUCGGGGCGAAGCUCGCGGCGGCGGUCUCAUCGGUGGAGACACGGUGGCCGCGGAAAUCGACGGCGGCGGCUAUGGCAGCGCGGCUAGGGUUAGGGGUCUAGGCGGCAGCAGCAGCUCUGCUGGGUUCCAAAGGGGCACGGUGCUUAGGGGCAAGCCCUUUAUAGGCCGUGGCCAUCCUCGGGGUCCGGCGACUGCCGAAGCGUGCCAAAUACCUGCCUCCGCCACUGAUGGCAAGUUUGGCUCGGCUCCAACUAGCGUCCAAAUACAAAUGUCGGUGGCACAAAUAGAAUAUGCAGAGACUAUGGAGAAGGGGAAGCCAAAGGCUGUGCCAGACAUACAUGGGGGGAUGGCAGAGUGCCCAGGCCACUUUGAUCACCUUGAGCUCGCCAAGCCCAUGUUCCACAUUGGGUUUAUGAAGACUGUAUUGUCCAUUAUGCGCUGCGUCUGCUUCAAUUGCUCCAAGAUCCUCGUGGAUGAGGAUAAUACCAAGUUCAAGCAGGCUCUGAAAAUCAGGAACCCAAAGAAUAGAUUAAAGAAAAUAUACGAUGCUUGCAAGACCAAAAAGGAUGAUUUGACUCAUCAAUUAGCUAUGAUAAUUCGGCAUAAUGAGAACUUGAGGAGGCAAGAGAGAAACGGAGCUCCAGCUCACAUUAAAGAGUUUGCUCAAUUGUUGCAAUUUCACAUUGCUACAUACUUUGAUAAUGAACUUCCUGGCCAACCCAGGUUGUUUUUAAAUGCUCAAGCCACACAAUGUUCUGGAAGGCCAAUUAAAUCAAUUUGCAGCAGGCUGAAAGCAAAAGAAGGCCGAGUUAGAGGAAACUUGAUGGGGAAGCGAGUUGAUUUCUCAGCCCGUACUGUUAUCACACCAGAUCCAAAUAUUAACAUUGAUGAAUUGGGUGUGCCAUGGAGUAUUGCUUUGAACCUGACAUAUCCAGAAACUGUCACUCCAUAUAACAUUGAGAGGUUGAAGGAACUUGUACUAAAUGGGCCUCAUCCUCCCCUAGGGAAGACAGGUGCAAAGUACAUUAUCAGGGAAGAUGGUCAGAGGCUUGAUCUUCGUUAUGUGAAGAAAAGCAAUGAUCAACAUUUGGAGCUUGGUUACAAGACUAGAGCAGAAGUUCUAGAAUUAUUGGUGGUGCCAAAAUGUAUUGUGUCUCCACAAUCAAAUAAGCCUGUGAUGGGUAUUGUCCAAGACACGCUGAUUGGAUGUCGCAAAAUCACCAAAAGGGACACUCUCAUUGAAAAGGACGUAUUUAUGAACAUAUUAAUGUGGUGGGAAGACUUUGAUGGAAAGAUUCCUGCUCCUUCCAUUCUCAAACCAAGGCCUAUUUGGACUGGGAAACAAGUUUUCAACUUAAUUAUCCCAAGGCAAAUAAAUUUAAUUUGGUUUUGUUCCUGGCAUUCCGACGAAGAGAAAGGAUUUGUUACUCCCAGUGAUACUAUGGUCAGGAUAGAAAAGGGAGAGCUUCUAUCUGGCACACUUUGCAACAAGACUCUUGGAACAUGCCCUGGGAGUCUGAUUCAUGUUAUUAGGGAAGAGGUUGGUCCAGAUGCUGCACGCAAGUUCUUAGGUUAUACACAGUGGCUUGUCAACUAUUGGCUUCUUCAAAAUGGUUUCAGUAUUGGAAUUGGAGAUAUGAUUGCAGAUGCAGACACAAUGAAAAGCAUUUAUCGAGCAAUUUCUAGUGCUAAGGAUAGUGUGAUGAAACUUAUUAAACAAGCACGCGACAAGAAAUUGGAAGCUGAGCCAGGACGCACCAUGAUGGAGUCAUUUGAAAAUAAAGUAAAUGAGGUUCUCAACACGGCCGCUGCUUGUGAUGGACAACAAAAUAUUGAGGGCAAGCAGAUCCCAUUUGGUUUCAGUGGUCGAACAUUGCCACAUUUCAUGAAAAAUGACUAUGGUCCUGAAAAUCGUGGAUUUGUGGAGAGCUCUUACCUUCAGGGUCUGACACCGCAAGAAAUUUUCUUUCAUGCUAUGGGUGGUAGAGAAGGACUUAUUGAUACGGCUGUGAAGACUUUCGAGACUGGGUAUAUCCAACAGAGGCUUGUGAAAGCUAUGGAGGACAUCAUGGUGAAGUAUGAUGGCACUGUAAGAAAUUCCUUAGGAGAUGUCAUUCAGUUUCUAUAUGGGGAAGAUGGUAUGUAUGCUGUUUGUAUUGAAGAACAGAAUUUGGACUCUUUGAAGAUGAAAAAGGAUGAGUUUGAUACUGUAUUCCGAUAUGAACUGGAUGAUGAGAAUUGGAGGCCUAACUACUUGAUGCCUAUCCAUUUUGAUGAUUUGAAGACCAUUAGUGAAUUCAGAAGUAUGUUAGAGGCGGAGGUUCGUAAACUAGAAGCUGACAGGUUCCAACUUGGGACUGAGAUUGCUACAAAUGGUAAUCAUACAUGGCCUUUGUCUGUCAACCUCAAGCGGCUUAUCUGGAAUGCCCAGAAGACAUUCAAGAUUGAUGUCAGAACAUGUUCUGUCAUGCACCCAAUAGAAAUUGUGGAAGCGAUAGAUAAGCUGCAAGAAAGACUGAAAGUUGUGCCAGGUGAUGAUGCUAUAAGCAUUGAGGCUCAGAAGAAUGCCACCUUGUUCUUUAAUAUCCAUCUUCGUGCCACAUUUGCUAGCAAGAGGGUCUUGAAGGAAUACAUGCUUACAAGGGAAGCAUUUGAGUAG